CAUUUAGGCUGCGCCGACAUGGACUACGCAAUAAGGAAGGACGAACCUGCUGCAAUCACUGCGACUAGCACUGCUGCUCAGAUCGCACUAUAUGAGAAAUGGGAGCGGUCCAAUCGCCUCAGCAUCAUGUUCAUCAUGUCCAAGAUCCCUCUGGGAAUGCGUGGAUCGGUGGAGCAACCUGAGAAAGUCAAAGACUUGAUCAAACUGAUCGAUGAGCAGUUCGACACUUCGGACAAACCACUUUACAACAACCUCAUCCACCAGUUCUCAUCCACAAAACUCACCGGUGUCAAAGGAGUUAGAGAACAUAUUUCAAAGAUGAGGGACAUUUCUGCUCAACUGAAGAAACUCGAUGUAGUCAUUCCUGAAACCUUCCUGGUCCACUACAUCCUUAACCAUCUUCCACCUCAAUAUGGGCCUUUCAAAAUUUCCUACAACACACAUAAGGACAAAUGGACUAUCAAUGAACUGAUAACCAUGUGUGCUCAAGAAGAAGCAAGGCUCCUGCAGGAACAAGGUGAAAGUGCUCACAUGGCCACCCAAGGCAAGAAACGCAAACCAUCCAAGAAGGACAAGGGGAAAAAUAAAGUGCCUCCCCAAGGCGAUAUAAAGAAGGAUUCCAUCAAAUGUUUUUUCUGCAAAAAGAAGGGACAUGCGAAAAAGGAAUGCGCCAAGUUCAAGAAAUGGAUGGACGACAAAGGGUUUACAAAACCUAAGGAAGCCAGUGGGAAGUGAGCAAAG